AGGGUGGGGAAGCAGAGUGGGGGCGGGGAAUGAGGGAAGCCUUCGCUGUCAAGACCAGUGGAGACACUGCAUGCCGCCUCCCUCCACCAUGCCAUGAUCCUGACGACUUUUGGUUUUCCGAAGACACGAGUUUGAGGCGUCGGGAACAAAGCCAUGUUGAAUGCUGCCAACGGGGCCCUGGAUGCAGCUGUGGCAUGUUCUGUUGCAUAAAUUCUUGGAAAGAGAGGAUGGCACAGCGAAGCCCGAUAUUCUCCACACUCGGCCCAACUGAAAGACGAAUCCGGAACAUCCCCCUCCACAGCCAAGCUCUGACGGCCAUUCCUCUUGGGUCAGCGAGACUCGUGGACCAGCUAGAAGACAGGAUUCUCAGCCAUGAGAAGACGACAGCUGCCCUUGUGGAACACGCUUUUCGCAUCAAGGAGGACAUUGUUUGCACACUGCAUAGGAUGCAGAACAAAGGCGGAGGGGACCGGCUGGCCAGGCAGCUCUUGGAGGAGCACAUCCGCAACAUCACAGCCAUCGUCAGGCAGCUGAACCGGGACAUUGAGGCUCUACAGGAACAGAUCCGUGUCAGGGAUAACCUCAGUUACGGAACGAAUUCAACACUGAAGAGCCUGGAGAUGCGUCAGUUAUCUGGUCUGGGAGAUCUCAGAGGUCGGGUUGCAAGGUGUGAUACUGGGUUAGCCAGAUUGUCUGCUGAACACAAAGUUACCUACGAAAGACUACAGAACCUAAGCAAAGAUCAGCAGGCGACCAAGUUGAUAUUGGAGUCUAAAAUAAAAGAAGCAGAAAUACAGAUUUCUCACCUUUUGAGCAGAAUAGAGCAGUCAAUCAUGCAGCAGGAAGCCAAACUGAAGCUCACAUAUAAGGAGAGCAACCAACAGCUCCACCUUCUGGACACAAAAUUACAAGAUGCCAUAGAUUACCUCAGUAACCAGAUCUCAUCUGCACGAAGCUGGAUGGAACAGGAGCAUGACCGGUUUGAGAAAGAGUUUCUGGAGAAGAUUGAUCAACUGUCCCUGGCCAUUAAGGAAAAAAGUGAAAUGGACAGCAGGGCCUUAGAGAUGCAAUUCAGCGAGAUCCAAGGGAAACUUAAUAAAAUGGAAGAUGGGCAAAAGAUCACCACAGAAGAACACGGAGCAAAGAAGACCGAAGACAGAAUCAACAUCCAGCUCAGCAAACUUCAGAUGGACAUUAAUGAAGAUAUAAAAGAAGUGAAAGCCGAGGUUAAUGCUGGAUUUGCGACCAUCUACGAGAGCAUUGGAUCUCUGCGGCAGGUUCUUGAAACCAAAAUGAAACUGGAUAAGGAAGAGCUGCAGAAGCAGAUUCAGCAAAUGAAGUAAAGGCAUCUGAAUGCAGCUCACCUGAGCAGCUGGAAGAAAAAUGGGUCUGGUCUGCCUGUAAUGUUGAUCCAGGCUGUGGUAUAAAUCUGAUGCAUGGACA